AUGGCACGCAGGCUCUGCUGCUCUCGCUGGGCACUGCUCUACUGGCUGGCGGCAUCCGUGGCACAAGGAGCGGAAGGGUUGGCCACCCCUCCUGGACGUGCACAGCACAAUGCCAACCCUACGGACUGUCAGAUCUUCACCCUCACCCCGCCACCCGCCACAAGAAGCCCGGUGACCCGGCCCCAGCCCAUCACGAGGACACCCAGACACCCCUUGCUCUUCUUCCCACAGUGGCCCAGGGUCCCCCCCAGAUUCCCAGGCAGACCUUUCUUCCCUCCAGGUUGCGGCCGCCGCUUCCCAUGGCAGCCGUGGUUCUGGCCACACCGCUGCCUGGCCCCGGGGCGAUGUUUCCUGGGGACAGAGCUCCUCGGGGGAAGCUCGUCGUCGGAGGAGAGCAGGAAGAAGAGAAGCCUGAGCUUGAGGAGCAGGGGGAGACCUUGCCUCUGAGGAGGCCCAGAAAGAUUCCAUGUCCUCCUCCCAGCUAGAGUUGCAGGACGAGAACAUGAAGCAACUCAAUGGCCACGGCUAGAGAUCAUUCUCCACAUCAGCCGCAAAGACAACAGAUAAUAGGUGAUUUCUGUUUGCAAAAUAGGGCAGUAACUAUGUUAUUCUUAUCCCACAGAGGACUAAUGCAAAUAAAAUCCUAAAAUGGGCUGUUCCAAUAAUUCCUAUCCACACUGAGAGCCUGAAGAAUCAGCCCUCUCUUCUACAUUACAGAGGAGAGCAUUUAAAGAGAGAUCGCUGUGAUUAAUGAAGACAUUAAUGACACUCCUUUUUAUA